AUGACUCAAAUUGCUGCUUCUGUUAAUUCUUGUUAUUCCUCAAAUGUGGUGACCACGAGAAGGGGUAAGACCACUCAUGAUCCACCAUAUCCUAACAUGACAAGGAAACCAGCAAGGAAAGACAAGCAGGAUGAAGAAGACAAGGUAGAAGAAAUAGAGCUUCCAUCAACAGAAGAAAGUACCAAGUUCAAUGGGAAAGUGGCACCACAUGAGUUCUACGAUACAAACCUACUAAUGCCAUUCCCCAGGACAAAGACUCAAAAGACUGAUGAACAAUUCGGCAAAUUUGUUGAGGUAAUUCGACAAUUAUAUGUCAAUAUCCCAUUACUUGAUGCAAUGCAGGUUCCAACCUAUGCCAAGUACCUGAGAGACAUCCUCAACAACAAGAAGCCGCUGCCUAAAACUGAGGUAAUUAAACUAACUGAAGAAUGCAGCGAAGUCAUCUUGAAUAAAUUCCCAGAGAAGAAGAAGGACCCCGGGUGCCCCACCAUUGAUUGCUCCAUCGGGACACAUCACUUUGAGCAUGCACUAUGCAACUUGGGAGUAAGCGUCAGUGUCAUGCCUAAGGUAAUUUUUGACAAGUUAAAUCAUACUACCUUGUCCCCUACAUCAAUAUAUUUGCAGCUAGCGGAUCAGUUGAUUCGCCAUCCAGCGGGAGUAGCUGAGAAUAUCCUUGUCAAGAUAUGCGAUUUCCUCGUUCCUAUGGAUUUUGUAGUUCUUGACAUGGAAGUUGACAAAAAGGUCCCCCUCAUCCUUGGGAGACCAUUCCUUAGCACUGCCAAGGCACAUAUUGAUGUUGGAGCCGGAGAAAUUCAAUUCACCAUCAAUGGGGCCCAGUAG